AUGGUGAACCGAUGUGUGAUCUGUGGAAACGUGGAUGGUGACAAUAACGUUUCGCUGCACAGAAUUCCAACUGACGGGCGUCGUCUUCAGUGGGUGGAAUUUGUGGUGAACCAAGGUUUUCAUGUAAACCUAAGCUCUAGGUUGUGUUCGAGGCAUUUUGUUCCUGGUAUUGACUACGUUGAAGGGGAUGCACGACGCCGUCGUCUGGACCGCGCAGCGGUGCCAUCUUUGGUAGUCGGACCAUACAGAGAACGAGAAGAUCAUGUGGAAAACGUUGAUGCCGGGGUACAAGUUCCGAGGGAUGAACUUUUGUUGGAAGACAACAUUGAGGUAGUUGAAGUCAUGAUGGACAAUGACAACGUUGAGGUAGUUGAAGUCAUGAUGGACAAUGACAACGUUGAAGCAGACGAAGUCGCGAUGAACGACGACAACGUUGAAAUAGUUAUCGUGAACGGAGACGAACAAGUAUCAGAAAAAAAUAAGUAA